GACGCAGCCGGGAGAAAUCACCAGCCAGGAUUCGCUCCUCUCUCUCUCCCUCUCUCUCUGAUUUCAAAUCAGCUCCUCCCCCGUGUGGUUGUGGCUUUGCCUUCCAUCACAAGCCUCAUCAGCAACACCAGUCUUGGGAAAAAAAAAAAAAAAAAAAAAAAAAAGAAAAGAAAAGAAAAGAAAGAGAAGGGAAAAAGACACGAAAGGAAAAAGUGCAAAAGAAGAUAAAGGAAGCAAGAGGGGGAAAAAAGAGGUGGGAAGAAAGUAAUCUCCUCUACCCCUCGGCUGCAUCUAGCACAGAAGAGUCUGAAACUUUACGUGGAGUUCUCGCCGUGUUUACUCCGCGGCGGCGGAAUCGGCAGCGCCCGGCUCUCUCGCUCUGCCCUCUCCUUCUUGCUCCUUCUCCUCGCACUCAUCAGCAGUCGGCAGCGAUGGAAAAAGUUGCUGGCUGGUACCCAGCCUGGCACGUUGCUCUCCUGUACUGGACAUGGCUUUUCCUCUUCACUUAUGGCUUUACCGGCGCAGAAAUAACUUGCAGAUCCUGCCGUUCCCAGGUGCAGCCGCAGCAGCAGCCGCAGCAGGGAUUACUGAUGCACUUGAGGACCGACAGAGGAGAAAAGGAGCAAAGGAGCUUCCUCGGGGAGAAGGGAGGUGAGAGAGGGCAAGAGGCCGGCACGGAGGAUGCCGGGCUGCAGGCGACCCUCGCCCCUGCUCCCGCGGGGAUGCAAUUCAGCGGCUGGGAGACACGGCGAGUGCCGAGGGACCCAGAGAAAGUGGCCGGGGAGCGCCGUCCCCGAGCGGCAGCGGCGGCUUCGGCCGAGGACCGAGCGCUCCAGGGCCCCCCCAGGCCGGGCGGCCCCGGGCCGGGCUCGGUGCGGCGGCGCUGGGGCCGCAGCCCGCGGGGCUCGGUGGGGCCGGGGCCGGGCGGCGCCGCGGGGCGGGAGCCGGGGGACGGCGGCGCCGCCCGCUUCGGGCUGGAGGAGCUGCGGCUGGCCAGCACCACCUUCGCCCUGGCCGGAGACUCGGCGCACAACCAGGCCAUGGUGCACUGGUCCGGCCACAACAGCAGCGUGAUACUAAUUCUGACAAAGCUGUAUGACUACAACCUGGGAAGCAUCACAGAGAGCUCUCUUUGGAGGUCAACAGAUUAUGGGACAACAUAUGAGAAACUGAAUGAUAAAGUUGGUCUGAAGACUAUUUUGAGCUACUUGUAUGUUUGCCCAACAAACAAACGUAAGGUUACUCUUGAGAAGGUGAAGGUCGGUGUUUGUGCACAGCCCAGCCCACAAGCAGUGACUCAGCAGCUCUCAAAAACCCUGAGAUGCUGCAGCGUCUUCAGCUUUAAUGGAGAAAAAGAAGUAGCUGAAUCUAUUCGUGUCUGGUCCAAGAUUAUGCUGCUGACUGAUCCAGAAGUUGAAAGCAGCUUAUUAAUCAGUUCUGAUGAAGGAGCCACCUAUCAAAAAUACCGUCUGAACUUCUACAUCCACAGUCUGCUCUUCCAUCCCAAACAGGAGGAUUGGAUCUUAGCCUACAGCCAGGAUCAGAAGUUAUUCAGUUCUGUGGAGUUUGGCAGAAGAUGGCUGCUUCUUCAUGAGGGAGUUACACCCAACAGGUUCUACUGGUCUAUGAUGGGGAAUGGAAGAGAGCCUGACCUCGUGCACCUGGAGGCCAGGACAGUGGAUGGCUAUGCCCAAUACAUCACUUGCAAGAUGCAGAACUGCAGUGAAGCCACUCGCAGCAAACCCUUUCCAGGCUACAUUGACCAUAACUCCCUGAUCGUCCAGGGUGAUUAUGUCUUUGUUCAGCUGACAUCAGGAGGAAGACCACAUUAUUACGUUUCUUAUAGGAGGAGCCCAUUUGCACAGAUGAAGCUGCCAAAGUACUCCCUGCCCAAGGACAUGCAUGUUAUCAGCACAGAUGAGAAUCAGGUGUUUGCAGCUGUUCAAGAGUGGAACCAGAACGACACGUACAAUCUGUACAUCUCCGACACCCGAGGGGUCUACUUCACCCUGGCCUUGGAAAAUGUCAAGAGUAGUCAAGGGCUGGAGGGGAAUGUGAUGAUUGACCUCUAUGAGGUAGCAGGGAUAAAGGGAAUGUUCUUGGCUAACAAGAAGAUUGACAACCAAGUGAAAACUUUCAUCACCUACAAUAAAGGCAGAGACUGGAGUUUGUUGCAGGCUCCGCACACGGAUCUGAGGGGAAAUCCCAUUCACUGUCUCCUACCCUAUUGCUCCCUUCAUCUUCACCUGAAGGUCUCAGACAACCCCUAUACCUCAGGAAACAUCGCCAGCCGAGACACUGCCCCCAGUAUUAUUGUAGCUUCAGGUAAUAUAGGCACUGAGCUAUCAGACAAUGACAUCAGCAUGUUUGUUACUUCUGAUGCUGGGAACACUUGGAGGCAGAUCUUUGAGGAAGAGCACAGUGUUCUGUACCUGGAUCAAGGUGGAGUACUUGUUGCCAUGAAACAUACAUCUCUGCCUAUCAGACACCUCUGGUUAAGUUUUGAUGAAGGGAGAUCUUGGAGCAAGUACAGUUUCACAUCCCUCCCACUGUUUGUAGAUGGAGUUUUAGGGGAGCCUGGAGAGGAAACCCUCAUCAUGACGGUGUUUGGACACUUCAGCCACCGCUCUGAGUGGCAGCUGGUGAAAGUUGACUACAAAUCCAUCUUUGAUCGGAGAUGUGAGGAAGAGGACUACAGGCCUUGGCAACUCCAUAGCCAGGGAGAAGCCUGCAUCAUGGGAGCAAAAAGGAUCUACAGGAAGCGCAAGUCAGAGAAGAAAUGCAUGCAAGGGAAAUAUGCUGGGGCCAUGACCUCGGAGCCCUGCGUGUGCACAGAGGCAGACUUUGACUGUGAUUAUGGAUAUGAACGCCACAGCAAUGGGCAGUGUUUACCUGCAUUUUGGUAUAACCCAUCCUCCCUGUCUAAAGACUGCAGCCUUGGACAGAGUUACCUCAACAGCACUGGGUACAGGAAGGUUGUUUCCAACAACUGCACGGACGGGGUGCGCGAGCGCUACACGGCCAAGCCCCAGCAGUGCCCGGGCAAACCUCCGCAGGGGCUGCGCAUCCUCACGGCCGACGGGCGCCUCACAGCCCAGCAGGGCCACAAUGUCACCUUCCUGGUGCAGCUGGAGGAGGGAGACCUCCAGAGAUCCCUCAUCCAGGUGGAUUUUGGAGAUGGCAUCGCUGUGUCAUAUGCCAACCUCAGCUCUACAGAGGAUGGGAUCAAGCACAUCUACCAGAACGUGGGCAUAUUCCGGGUGACGGUGCUGGUGGAAAACAGCCUGGGCUCUGACAGCGCUGUUCUCUACCUGCAUGUAACAUGCCCCUUGGAACAUGUUCACUUAUCUCUGCCCUUUGUCACCACGAAGAACAAGGAGAUCAAUGCCACAGCAGUGCUGUGGCCAAGCCAAGUGGGAACACUCACUUAUGUCUGGUGGUUUGGGAACAACACAGAGCCACUGAUCACAUUGGAAGGGAGCAUCACAUUCACAUUUUCUGUGGAAGGGAUGAAUACCAUCACUGUUCAGGUCUCAGCAGGAAACACCAUUCUUCAGGACACAAAGACUAUUGCAGUGUAUGAGAAAUUUCAGUCCCUGAGGUUAUCAUUCUCUCCAAACCUUGAUGACUACAACCCAGAUAUCCCAGAGUGGAGAAGGGACAUCAGCAGAGUAGUCAAGAGAGCUCUGGUGGAGGCUACAGGUAUUUCCAGCAAGCACGUUCUGGUUGCAGUGCUCCCUGGCCUGCCCACGUCUGCUGAACUCUUCAUUUUACCAUAUCAGGAUGCCACAGGAGAAAAAAAAAGAACAGCAGCAAACCUAGAGCAGAUUUCAGAAACACUGAUCCAGAAACUGAACCAAAACCUGGUCCAUUUUGAGCUGAAGCCAGGAGUUCGAAUCCUUGUCCAUGCUGCCCAUUUAACAGCAGCUCCCCUGGUGGACCUCACUCCCAGUCACAGUGGCUCAGCCAUGCUGAUGCUCCUCUCUGUUGUUUUUGUGGGACUAGCUGUGUUCAUCAUCUACAAGUUCAAAAGGAAGAUUCCUGGCCUUAAUAUAUAUGCACAGAUGCAGAAUGAAAAAGAUCAAGAGAUGGUCAGUCCAGUCAGUCAGAGGGAAAACAUACCUAAUGUCCCUCAAAGGGAGCUGAUGAGCCCUGAGCAACUAGUAGAUGAGAAGUUGGAAGUCCACCCCAUAGAGCAACCUCAGGCCACAGUCCAGAGCCCAAGGAAAGGAAAUGCAACCAAGGUAGUCUGGACAGAGGACUUCCAAAAAGCCUGUGGAUCACCAAGAGAUUUCAAGCCAAGACCCAGAGCGGAAGUAUUUCCACAACUGCUGAGUCCCAGAGCACAAAAGAAAUCCCUACCUAUGUAAAUGGUUGAAUUGAGGACACCAACAUCUGUAUCUAAAAAAAUGAGGAGAUCUCACUGCAUUUGGACUUUUUAAUUCUUCAGAUGACAAAGGGUUUUUAGCUUUAAGCCUGUGCAUGUGGACAUUAUACUGAGACCAUAGUGGAA